AUGGAGGUACUGCAGGUACUGGAAGGAGUCAUCCCUAACACCGCUCCCCCCGAGCGCUGUGCGGUGUGCCGGGGCUGCCUGGGUGCGCACUGCCCGCUCCUCCUCCUGCUGCUUUUCCUGCACUCCACCACAGAACGCCCGGCAGUGCCCAGGCGGGGCCGUUCCCGGGGCCAUUCCCGGGGCCGGGACGGGGAGCGGGCUCUGGGCGCGUCCUGCGCUUCUGAAGUCCUCCGGGCCGCGGGGGGCCGCUGUGGCCGAGUCGGCGCAGCGGCCGGAGCCUGCGGGCCGAGGGGCCCUCCCGCCACCCGGCGGGUCCCCGGGCCGGUUCCGCCUGCCGGGCGCGCGUCGGAGGCCGCCGAGGCCCGGGCGGGAGCGGGAGGCCCUGCUCGCGGCUCGCUUGUCACGAUCGGCCCUGCCGAGCAGGCGGCCGGGCCCCUCCGUGCCCUCGCUGGGCAGCGCUGCUGCCGCUUCCCUUGGAGCCCAGAUUUUAACAGAGGGGCAAGCAAAGGAGGUAAAAACAGGCGACGAGGUAAGAAUGAGAAUGAAUCAGAAAAAAGAGAACUGGUCUUCAAAGAAGAUGGGCAAGAAUAUGCCCAGGUGAUCAAGAUGUUAGGCAAUGGAAGACUGGAGGCAUUAUGUUUUGAUGGUGUGAAGAGGUUAUGUCAUAUUAGAGGGAAGCUAAGAAAAAAGGUCUGGAUAAAUACAUCUGAUAUUAUAUUGAUUGGCUUAAGAGACUACCAGGAUAACAAGGCUGAUGUUAUUCUAAAAUACAAUGCAGAUGAAGCCAGAAGCCUGAAAGCAUAUGGGGAGCUUCCAGAACAUGCUAAAAUCAAUGAAACAGACACAUUUGGUCCUGGAGAUGAUGAUGAAAUCCAGUUUGAUGAUAUUGGAGAUGAUGACGAAGAUAUUGAUGAUAUCUAAUUUGGAACAGAGGUUUACAUUCCAACUUUUUUCCUCCAAGGAUUGUUCUGCAUUGAUACUUCGAUUAUUUCUUGGGUGACGUCCCUUACUUUUAAGAAGACUGAAAAUUCUCAGUAAAGAGUGUAGUUUGUUACAUCAAAAGGAUUUAUUUUCAAUGUUUGUUUUAAAGUAUUUAUAUUUCUUUAGAAAUGGAUAACGCUGGAUUAUCACAAAGGUUCAAUGACAUGCCACAAAUAUUUUGUCUCUUCACCAAUUAGAGCUUUUAUCUCUGGAUGUAAGUGAGAUACAGUGACAUGGGCUGUAAAAGACUGCAUUUUUCCCUCUUCUGCUUUCAUCACUACAAUUCCAGUUAACUUGUAUUUUGAAAUAAAAAUUGUUUACCCUGUAAUUAUCAUGAAUUUUGAUUAAAGGCAAAUAACCCAGUUCAGAUUAGUAUCAAAUCAUACUAUGCAGUGUCUGUCCUCAUACCCCUUGCCUUGACGUUAACUUUAAAAAAGAUUUUGAUAAUAUGAGAGGAAGGCAGAAAUCUGCAUUUAAACUCACAAUGCAUGAUGAAUCUGCUUUUCGUGUCUAGUAGCAUGCUGCUAUUUUUAUACUGAUUUUGAUAAUUAAAAACACUCAUUAUUUCAAAGAUGUCAAUUUUCCAUGGUGGAGGGAGGGGUGGGAGAGGAGUAAAGAUGAACAGUGAGCAGCAUCUCAAAUUUGCAAUUUUUUGGAAACUGCGGUUGGUGCUGUGGCCGAGCUGCAGCUGCAGACGAUGAGCACUGGGUGGCACCCGACUGAACAGGGAGACACAAAUGCAAAGCCUUCACAGUGGGGUUUGUACUGAAAAAUGCAUAAAAUAGGUUUUCCCCAAAGUAAAUGCUUAACAUUCUUGAUAUGUUAAACAUGUAGAAUAUUUUUACAUUAUAUAAAAGGUUAUGUUAAGAGUAGAGUUUUAUUUUAAUCUGAAAUUCCAUUCAUUGUAAGGUGCAACAUAAAAGCUUAUGUGAACUUCGAGUAACAAUAUAAAUAAGAAAAUAAGUUUGUGUCAAAAGUAGAAAGAAUCUUUUCAUCCAGAAUAAAUCAGUGAAACAGACUACUGGAAAGAUUCUUGUCCACCUUCAGACUGGAUGAGUCAGUUGAGAAACUGAAUAAAGACUAACAUCAUCAUGCAAAUAUUAUUUUGUGGUAGCCUUAGUGUCUUUGUCUUUAAUAAUGUAUUUAACAACUCUGAAAGCAGGUUAAUGGAAAAAUUCCUUUUGUGCCAUAAAGAUCUGAUUCUUGACACUUGUAUUCCUUCUACAGUCUUUUUGGAAUGAUGUAAAGUGACUACCCCAAUAGAUAAAAACAAAAUGGCUUUAAA